CUCAUCUUCCUCUCAGUCUCUCAUUUCACAUCCUCCACUGAUCAACCAAACCCAGCAAACCCUAGCUCUCUCAAUAUCUCAUAACAAUGGCUGAUCAGAACUACCGCCAGCAGCAACCACAGCACCAAGGUUACCAAAGUCACAUCCAGUUCGACAACCCACAACACCAAGGUUACCAAACUCACUACCAGUAUGACCAACAACAACGCUACCCCUUCGAAGUCGGGAAAAGCUUCCGUCCUCAAAAUGGCUCCUCAGCUUCAAAUUUUUUGGCAAUUGCCACCCUGGUUCCAGUAGGGGGAACUCUGCUCUUGCUUGCAGGGCUCACACUGGCCGGGACCAUCAUUGGGCUGGCAGUGACCACCCCGCUUUUUGUUAUCUUUAGCCCGGUUUUGGUCCCGGCUGUUGUGGUCAUAUUUCUGUCUGUGACGGGGAUAUUGACUUCGGGGGCUUUCGGGGUCACGGCCCUAUCGUCUUUCUCUUGGUUAGCCCAUUAUUUGAGCCGGUCUCGUCUGCCCCAGACGAUGGGCCAAAAGGUGCAGGAGACCACAGGAUAUUUGGGCCAGAAGGUGCAGGAGACGGCGGGCUACUUGGGCCAGAAGGUGGAAGAGACGGGAGACUUUGUGGGCCAUAAGAUGCAGGAGACUGGAGGUCAGGUGGGCCAGAUGACUAAGGAUGUGGGCGAGACUAUCCAGCAAGGCCGAGGAAGUUGAAAUGACCCAGGAAGGUUGUAGGGAUCAAAUAAACAAAGAACUGGCAGGGGAAAAGAAGGCGGCCGGAGCCGCGACGGUGUUUAUGUUACAGUCAGGACAUGAAGAUGGAGAGUUGAUCAUGCAUAUAUAUUUAUGUAUAUGGGCCUCAAUGGCUAGUGUCUCUCUCUGUUUUGUAUGUGUUUAUCUUUUGGUGUUUGUGUUUGUAUGUGUUUAUCUUUUUGGUGCUUGUGUUACCUCAGUACCGGUAUGUACUAACCGUUUGGAGUCGAUGGUUGUAGUUCUAUGGAUUUAUGAUGUAAUAAAUGGCUGUGCUUUUUUUUUU